AUGGCCACAAUCACAUGGAUACUCGCCUACAGCCGUGGCCACAAUCAUAAGAGUACUCACCUACGGCCGUGGCCACAAUUACAAGGAUACUCACCAACGGCCGUGGCCACAAUCACAUGGGUACUCGCCUACAGCCAUGGCCACAAUCACAAGGAUACUCCCCUACGGUCGUGGCCACAAUCACAUGGAUACUCACCUACGGCCUUGGCCACAAUCACAAGGAUACUCCCCUACGGUCGUGGCCUCAAUCACAAGGAUACUCCCCUACGGUCAUGGUCACAAUCACAUGGAUACUCACCUACGGUCGUGGCCACAAUCACAUGGAUACUCACCUACGGCCUUGACCACAAUCACAUGGCUACUCACCUACGGCCGUGGCCUCAAUCACAUGGAUACUCACCUACGGCCGUGGCCACAAUCAUAAUGAUACUCACCUAUGGCCACAAUCACAUGGGUGCUAACUUACGGCCGUGGCCGCAAUCACAAGGGUACUCACCUACGGCUGUGGCCGCAAUCAUAAGGAUACUCACCUAUGGCCACAAUCACAUGUAUGCUAACCUACGGCCGUGA